AAUCAUACUAAAAUCCUUUCUCAAGUCUCUAAUAUUGAAUCAGUUUCUUCUUUUAAUGAUAAUACUCCAACUUUGAGAGAACUUAACCAAAAAAUUUUAGCUUUUAACUUAUCUAAUCCAAUGUUAGCAGAAGAAUUUUUAAAUCACCUACAAAAAAAAAUAAUCUAUGAAGUUUCUGAUGAUGAUAAAAUUAUUGAAGAGCUUGUUGAAUUAUAUAAAAAACUAUUAGAAGUACAAGAUAAUAAUUAUGACAAAGAUGAUGAUAGUACAGAACCUUUAAUUAUAAAUAUUCAAGAUGCUUUAAGAUUUUUAGAAAUU